CAAGGUGUCGCCCGCGCCCGCGCCGGAGUCGCCGCCGUGCCCGCGAGCGGGAGCCGGAGUCGCCGCCGCCGAGCGAAGCAGAGCGCACGCCGACCCGGUCCGUCGCCGCCAUGGCCACCACGGUGACCUGCACCCGCUUCACCGACGAGUACCAGCUCUACGAGGAUAUUGGCAAGGGGGCUUUCUCUGUGGUCCGACGCUGCGUCAAGCUCUGCACCGGCCAUGAGUAUGCAGCUAAGAUCAUCAACACCAAGAAGCUGUCGGCCAGAGAUCACCAGAAGCUGGAGAGAGAGGCUCGCAUCUGUCGCCUUCUGAAGCAUUCCAACAUUGUGCGCCUGCACGACAGCAUCCCUGAGGAAGGGUUCCACUACCUGGUCUUCGAUCUGGUGACUGGUGGGGAGCUCUUUGAGGACAUUGUGGCCCGAGAGUACUACAGUGAGGCCGAUGCCAGUCACUGCAUCCAGCAGAUCCUGGAGGCUGUUCUUCAUUGCCACCAAAUGGGGGUUGUGCACAGGGACCUUAAGCCUGAGAACCUGCUUUUGGCCAGCAAGUGCAAAGGAGCCGCGGUGAAGCUGGCAGACUUCGGUCUGGCUAUUGAGGUGCAGGGGGACCAGCAGGCGUGGUUUGGGUUUGCUGGCACACCAGGCUACCUGUCCCCAGAGGUCCUGCGAAAGGAGGCAUACGGCAAGCCAGUGGACAUCUGGGCAUGUGGGGUGAUCCUGUACAUCCUGCUUGUGGGCUACCCCCCCUUCUGGGAUGAGGACCAGCACAAGCUGUACCAGCAGAUCAAGGCUGGAGCCUACGACUUCCCAUCCCCCGAGUGGGACACGGUUACUCCUGAAGCUAAAAACCUCAUCAACCAGAUGUUGACCAUCAACCCAGCCAAACGAAUCACAGCACAUGAGGCACUGAAGCACCCGUGGGUCUGCCAACGCUCCACAGUGGCCUCCAUGAUGCACAGACAGGAGACUGUGGAGUGUCUGAAGAAGUUCAACGCCCGGAGAAAGCUCAAGGGUGCGAUCCUCACCACCAUGCUGGCCACACGAAAUUUCUCAGUGGGCAGACAGACCACCGCUCCGGCCACAAUGUCCACGGCGGCCUCCGGCACCACCAUGGGGCUGGUGGAACAAGCAGCCAAGAGUUUGCUCAACAAGAAAGCAGAUGGAGCCAAGCCCCAGACGAAUAGCACCAAAAACAGUACAGCUGCCACCAGCCCCAAGGGGACACUUCCUCCGGCCGCCCUGGAGCCUCAGACCACCGUCAUUCAUAACCCCGUGGAUGGAGUCAAGGAGUCGUCUGAUAGCACCCACACCACCAUAGAGGAUGAAGAUACCAAAGUCGCCAGGGUCCCUGACAUCCUGAGUUCCAUGAGGAGGGGUUGGGGGACCCCAGAAGCAGAAGGCCUCCCACCCUACCUGGCUCCGGCUCCUAGUACCCCCCGCCUACCCUGUGUGAGUAGUCGGGCCCCUGCUGCUGCGGGGGUUCCCUCCAAGGCCUGAAGCCUCUUAGGAGUGCUCCACAGCCAAGGGCCAGCUGAGCUUGGGCUCCAGCUGGUGCCCCUCCAGUCCCCCAUCCGUGUGGGCCUCUUCACUGGCUUAUGGGGGCUGCCCGGCCCACCGUCCUGCUCUGGCUCCUGGCUCAGGCCUCCCUCCAGCCUCAGUCCGGGGGCUUUUUGCUGCAGAUACAGGCCCUGAGUGGGAGCCAGGGGCCUUGCAGUGCUCCUCCUGCCCACGUCACUUCAUGGGUCUGCCUAUGUCUGCCCCGGCCCCCGGAAUCUCUGACAUCCAGAGCUCCGUGAGGGGCUCAGGGACCCCAGAAGCUGAGGGACCCCCAUCCACCCAGUGUAAGUAGUACCCCCAGGCCUGCUGCCUCUGCUGAGCAGGCCCUGGCCUUGCUCCCCAUCUCGCUCAGGCAUCACACUGACUUCAGGGGGCCCCACACCAAGCAAGUGCCCAGCCAGGGUCUGGGGAGCUUCAGACAAGGAGCUGUUCCAGAGAGCCUGCCCGCCCACCUUGGGCCUCCCUGGUGCGCCUUCCAUUCGGUCCUUCAGCCCUGCAAGCGCUUCCAGGCCUCGCCAUACUGAGCUGCUUCCCUCCCCUGGGGGCCAGGAGCCAUGCAGCUUCCCACCUGGAUAGGCAGGGGCAGGUGCCCACCACCUGGGGAACCCAGGUCCCCCACCCCUGACCCUCUGUCCUCCCUGUCCCCCCAGGUACUUCCAACUCACUCUGUGCCCCAUGCCCCACAAUCUCCCUCUGUCUUCCACAUCCCCAAAUCCCUCUCUCCUUCUCUGUCCUCCUAGGUACCCCAUCCCCUCUGUCCCCCCAUCCCCAUCCCCCAUUCCUCCUGUGCCCCCUACCCUCCAUGUCCUCCAUCCCCUCUGUUACUCCAACACCCCUCUGUUCUUCAUGUCCCUCCAUCCCCCAUGUCCCCCAUCUCCCCAAAUCCCUCAUGCCUUCUCUGUCCUCCCAACACCCCAGGUCCCAUGUCCCCCGGUGUCCCCCCUCCCCCACAUACUUCUCCAAUCCCCAUUCCCGCAUGACACCCUAUGUCCCCUCAUGACCCCUUUACCCCUCUGAUUGGCUCAUCAGCCCAUAGGUUCUCUCUCAUGCAUGACCCCGUGCCUGCCCCCACCUGCCCCCA